GGAAUCGCUUAUCCCAGCGCGGCCGGUUCUCGCUGAGGUCCCGAGAAGAGCGUGAGUGAGCAGCGGCUGUGAGCGAUCACCUGACACAAGCCAUGUCCCUAACAAAACGUUGGUGAAAAAGUGGUGAAGAAAAUUUCUGGGAUACAGCAGCGCCAGUACUGUGAAGCCGCUUCUGCAGGUCAGGGGCAGCAUUUGCUGGAGGAUGCCGUAGCCCAGGAGGUGAGGCUCGUGGGGACAAGGUCGAUGGCUUGCAUGGAGCUUCUCUACCUGGCCGAGGAGAGCAGAGAGGUGCCCCUGGGCACCACUACUGGCUGGAGCCUGCCCCCCCAUCCCUACGAGCAGCAGCAGUGUGAGGGGGGUGAGGUGGACCCCAGAGCAGCCGCUGCCGUGGCAGCCCUGCACUGUGAACGGCACUGCAAGCCCUUGCAGAGGGGCCCUGUGGCCGAGCCCCCCCUGGCAUCCCAGCCCUCCUCCCUGGGCACCUUGCCCCAGGAGCACCCUGCCCCCUCCCAGCCCUGCCACCCAGCCGAGAGCUUGUCCAGGGAAGAGGAUGGAGGGAAGAAGAAAGCCUGCUGCUGUGCCCAGGAACUCGAGACAUCCUUCACUUAUGUGGAUGAAAAUGUAAAUCUGGAGCAUGCAAGAAGUCCCCCCACUCCUACAGGUGGCCAGGAUGCCCCUCUGCAGCAGCAUUCCUGCAGGGAGCUGCCACCUGAAUGGGCACACGAUUCUCCUUCCUUGGUCUCUGAGGAGGACGAUGCUGCCUCGGAGGCAGCAGCUGGGAAAUCCGUUGACUAUGGAUUCAUUAGUGCCAUUUUGUUCCUGGUUAGUGGCAUUUUGCUGGUGAUAAUUUCCUACGUGGUACCCAGAGAUGUGACUGUGGAUCCCAACACUGUGGCUGCCCGGGAGAUGGAGAGGCUGGAGAACGAGAGCGCAAGGAUCGGUGCUCACUUGGACCGCUGUGUUAUCGCUGGGCUGUGUCUCUUAACCCUGGGGGGCGUGGUGCUCUCCAGCCUGCUGAUGAUGUCCAUGUGGAAAGGGGAGCUGUACCGGAGGAGCAGGUUUGCAUCCUCCAAGGAGUCUGCAAAGCUGUAUGGAUCUUUCAAUUUUAGAAUGAAGUCUGGAGCAAAUGAUAAUAUGCUCGAGCUGUCGUUAGUUGAGGAAGAUGUGCUUGCCAUAGAUAAUUAGUGUGGUCAUGAUUUUUAAGGCAGCAUUUCUACAGGAAAAUAUGUUUCAUUAAAGAAAGCAGAUGCAGCUAAAGAUAGCUGGUGAUGCAGUUUAUUUGUCUGACAAGAAUGGUGUUAUCUUAAGCUCUAUAAUCAAAUGUUUGCAAUAUAUGAGUACUUGUUGUAAAGGGGAACUGUGCCAGAUGAAAUGCAAAUCAUAUAAAAUAAUGAAAACCACUGAAUAAAAAGAGACU